AUGCUAAAGAAAUUCUUCAGUCACAACGGAGUCUUUGUUCAGGUCUUCUUCCUUCAACUAAGCAUCAUGUCAGUCUUUAUUCCUUCUGAGAAGAAGAAAUAUCUUUCAUUAGAUGUCAUAGGGCAACUUGAAGAUGAUCUUGAAACCGAUCCAUUAAACUACGAUAAUUGGAUGAAACUCAUUAAACAGGUCUUUGCAAAGGACAAAGAAGAACAAGUUAGAUCUGUGAUGGAUAGAUAUUUAAAUAUAUUUAAAUUCGAUGGUGAACAAUGGUGUAGUUAUAUCAAUUAUGAAAUAGAUAGAAGUGAAUUUCAAAAUGCUCAGGAACUAUUCAAAAAGUGUCUUGCAGUUACCACCCAUGUAGGAUUAUAUCGUCUUUACGUCUCUUAUGUUCGUCGUGUUAAUGAUGUUAUCACGGGAGGUGAAAAGGCAAGAAGAACUGUAAUUGAUGCCUUCGAGUUUGCAUUGAAAAAUGUGGGUUUCGAUAUGUCAAGUAGUGAAUUAUGGGAAGAUUACUUGGAAUUCUUAAAGUCUUGGACCCCUACUGCCACUUGGGAACAACAACAGAAGAAUGACUUCAUUAGAAAGGUUUAUAAGCAGUUACUAUUAAUCCCAAAUGAGAAACUAGAGAAAAUUUGGCCAGUAUAUACAAAUUGGGAAAAUGAAGUUAACCCCAUCACUGCCAAGAAGUUUAUUGGUGAGAAAUCUGCAAAUUAUAUGUUGGCUAGAUCAUGGUAUAUAGAGUGGACAAAUGUGACAGAAAGACUGUUGCAAAGAUCUCCGGUGAUCCCCUUCAGCUUAGAGCAAAACCGCCAUUUGGUUCAGAAGCAAAAAUCAUUAUGGUAUAAAUGGUUAGAGUUGGAAAAAGAAAAUAAAUUGGAGUUGAAGGACGAUCUUCUCCAGCAGAGAAUUGAAUAUGUUUAUAAACAAUCCUUGGCGACGUUACCUUUCGUUCCAGAAUUAUGGUUCAAAUAUAACAAGUUUUGGCUUAAUAGCAAUGAAGAAGCUAAUCUUAACAAGUGUAUUAACUUAUUGAGUGAAGGAUUGGUUUUGAAUCCAAGAAGCUUCUUGUUAUCGUUUCAAUUAAGUGAAUUAUAUGAGAAGGAUAAUAGUAGCAAUAAGUCUACUGAAACAUUCAAUAAUUUGAUUGAAAUUUUGAUUAAGGACUACAAUAGUGUAACUGAAAAGAUCGAGAAUAUCACAAAAGUCAAUGAAACAGAAAAGGUUGAAGAAAGUAGUAAAAGAGAUGUAUCAAGUAAUGAAAAUGAAAAAAAUAAUAAAAAAAAUGAUGAUGACGAUGAUGAUGAUGACGACGAUAUCAAUUAUGUCCCAAUGGAAUCUCCGUUGAGCAGACUUUCGCAGUCAGAAGUUGAUCAGCUAGCUAUUUUGCAGGAGCGUCAAAGCAACUUGAAUAAGUCAAUUACAUUUGUCUAUAUUAAGUUAAUGAAUGCUGUUAAGCGUUCUGGUGGGAUUAAAGAAGCUAGAUCUGUUUUUAAGAAUGCCAGAACAAGCUACAAACCAAUUGGCUAUGAAUUCUAUGUGAGCAAUGCCUUAUUAGAGUACUACUCUGAUAACAAGAAGACUCCAAAUAGAAUAUUUGAAUUGGGUAUGAAAGUAUUUAAUAAAUGUGGUGGAUUUCUCUUGAGUUACUUGGAUUACUUAAUUAUGACCAACGACGUGGAGAAUAUGAGAGUUUUAUUUGAACAAGGGUUGACCACAUUAUUGAAAGAGAUUACAUCUGAAAAUGAAGGUGUGGAAACUUCAGUAGGCUCAAGUUUAGCCAAAUCUCCAGCCCACUUGCUACAAAAAAGAUUGAAGGAUGAAGACAUAAAGGAGAAGAAAGAAAGUAUAAGAGAAAUGUUUAAGAAGUUCUCCAAGUUCGAAACCAAGUAUGGAGAUUUGAAUGCAGUGAAAAGUUUGGAAAAUCGUUAUGAACAGUAUUUCCCUGAAGACGAUACUAUGGAAUUAUUUUGUGACAGAUAUUACGAGGAGGGUUCAAUUGAUGUUAUUAGAAGGUUUGAUUUAGGUGGAGAUCUCAAGAGAAGAAAGGUGGACCAACAGCAACCACAACAGCUGCAGCAACUGGAACAGCAGCCACAGUUGCAACAAUUACGACAACAAGAAACUAACGGAGAGCCUAACAUACCUCCCAAGCCUUCAACCACCCCGUCUAUUUCCGGAAUUCCUAACAUCCCGGCAAUUCCUACAAACUUGGGUGGUUCCAUAGAUGCUACCAAUAAUAACAGUAAUCAAAAUAAUACUAACAAUACUAACAACUCAGAUGGCGGUAACGGAUAUACAAAUCAGUUUCAGUCACCUGGGCAAGAUCAAUACCAACAAUUUGUUGGUAGCACUACCUAUGGCUUGCUUAGAGCCUUGCCCAGUGCAAAUUACUUCGGAACUGUGAAAGAUCAUGUAUUUGACGCAAAGAAAUUAGUUGAGCUAUUUGCCAAUUUACCAAAUGUUCCAAACUCUUAG